AACCCUAACCGGCUCCAAACGACAACACUCCAACCACACUCAAAUCUCCACCAACUACCUUCAAAAGAGGAAAAAUCAAAACCUUGAGAAUUUCAAUUCAAUAUCUUCUCCCCCAAGCAUAUCAACCCACCGCUUCAACCUAGGGUUUCGCCGCCCCUUUAUAUUCCCCCAACACACAACGGUAAAAACCCACUCAUAAAUCACCCUAUAUUUACUCCUCCAUCCAUAUCACUUUCCCAACGCCUAGGGUUUUUGCCCAUCGAAUCAAUAAAAGUUAUUAGGGUCUUUAGACAUCGCACAGUGUCAAAAAUGGCUGGAGGUGGCGCAGCAGCUGCGAGGGCGGCCCCCGGCGCCCGCGGUGGCGUUCGCAUCAUCGUCGCAGGCGAUAGGGGCACCGGAAAAUCGAGCCUGAUUGUUACUGCGGCGGCCGAUACGUUCCCGAUAAAUGUCCCCCCGUUGUUGCCGCCGACGAGGCUGCCCGAUGAUUUGUACCCUGAUCGUGUCCCCGUCACGAUUAUCGAUACGUCUUCCAGUAUGGAGAAUAGAGGUAGACUGGCCGAAGAACUUAAACGGGCUGAUGCAGUCGUGCUGACUUAUGCGUGUGAUCAGCCUGCCACACUUGACCGGUUGAGUACUUUUUGGCUUCCCGAACUUCGUCGAUUGGAGGUAAAGGUGCCGGUUAUAGUAGUGGGUUGCAAGCUGGAUUUGAGGGAUGACGAACAUCCAUUGAGUUUGGAGCAGGUUAUGUCACCAAUAAUGCAACAGUUUCGGGAGAUUGAAACUUGUAUCGAGUGUUCAGCCUUUAAACAAAUUCAGGUCCCUGAAGUUUUCUACUAUGCUCAAAAAGCUGUACUUCAUCCAACGGCUCCACUAUUUGAUCAGGAAGCACAAACUCUAAAGCCUCGGUGUGUGAGGGCAUUAAAACGGAUAUUUAUUCUUUGUGACCACGAUAGGGAUGGUGCACUCAGUGAUGCAGAGUUGAAUGAUUUUCAGGUCAAAUGUUUCAAUGCUCCGUUACAACCUUCUGAAAUAGUGGGUGUUAAGCGGGUUGUGCAAGAAAAACUACCUGAAGGUGUCAAUGACCGUGGACUUACUUUGACGGGGUUCCUCUUUCUCCAUGCGCUAUUCAUAGAGAAGGGCCGUCUUGAAACAACAUGGACCGUCCUAAGGAAAUUCGGAUACAACAAUGAUAUCAGACUAAGUGAUGAUCAGCUUCCACCUCCAAUUAAGCGAGCACCUGAUCAGAGUGUAGAGCUGACAAGUGAAGCUUUGGAUUUUCUCAGGGGAAUCUUUCUCUUGUUCGACAUCGAUGGCGAUGGAGCCCUUAAUCCAGCUGAGCUUGAAGAUCUUUUUUCGACCGCACCAGAAAGCCCUUGGGAUGGAGCUCCAUAUAAGGAUGCAGCAGAGAAAACUGCCUUGGGAGGGCUAGCACUUGAUGGGUUUUUGUCGGAGUGGGCCCUUAUGACACUUCUAGACCCAGUUCGCAGUAUUGAGAAUCUGAUAUACUGUGGGUAUGCUGGUGAUCCGUCUUCUGCUAUUCGUAUCACAAGGAGAAGACGUUUGGAUCGCAAAAAGCAACGUUCAGAAAGAAAUGUUUUCCAGUGUUUUGUGUUUGGGCCGAAAAAAGCAGGAAAGUCAGCAUUGCUGAAUUCUUUUAUUGGAAGGCCUUUCGCUGAUAUGGCUUCAACCUCUGAAGAGCGCUAUGCAGUCAAUGCUGUUGAUCUACCUGGUGGAACUAAGAAAACUCUUAUAUUGCGAGAGAUACCAGAAGAUGGAGUUCCAAAGUUGCUGUACACAAAGGAUUCUUUGGCAGCGUGUGAUAUAGCUGUAUUUGUUCAUGACAGGUCUGAUGAGUCUUCAUGGAAGAGAGCAACUGAUUUACUUGUGAAAGUUGCCAGUCAUGGAGAAGCGAAUGGCAGUGAGGUACCUUGCCACAUUGUUGCAGCUAAAGAUGAUCUGGAUCCAUUUCCGACUGAGAUACAGGAUUCAACAAGGGUAAGUCAGGAUAUGGGAAUAGAGGCUCCUAUACCUGUCAGCAACAGGUUGAGAGAUUUUAAUGACGUGUUCCUUAGAAUUGUCAGUGCUGCAGAGCAUCCUCAUUUGAGCAUUCCUGAAACUGAAGCUGGGAAAAGUCGCAAGCAGUACCACCGGCUUGUUAACCGCUCUCUGAUGUUUGUAUCAGUUGGAGCUGCUGUUGCCAUUGUUGGAUUGGCAGCUUACCGCGUGUAUGCUGCAAGAAAGAAUGCCUCAAGUUAAAGGACUCUGAAUGGUUUCUGCGAAGAAUGCCUUCAGUAAAAAGACUGAAGAUUCAAGCAGCCCGAGUUCCACAGCAACUCAGGCUUCAUUUUCGGGUCCCAACAUAGUUGUGUUUCUCAAGAUGCCUCUUUUGUAGAAAAUAGCAACUUCAGGAUAAAAAAAGUAGCUCACCUUGACAAGUUACCAUAUGGGCUCAUGUGGCUUGAUGAGGGUUUAAUCUUAUUACUGGAACAUGAUGGGUGGGCUGUUUUUCUAUUGAUGGGUUUUGACACAUGAAGCGGUUGGUGGUUCUUGAGCAGGACUUUUUGGAUUCAUUUGUUUUUUUUUUUGUUUUUUGCAAUUAUUAAAUCUCAGCUUGGUGAAUUCCUUUUAGUGUUACUUGGAGGAUGAAUUUGCGUGCUUUAUUUUCUGCAUUGUUUGCAAUGUUUUACAGAUAGGAAGUUCUUGCCAUGUAUGUAAGAUAUUGAGUGAAAAGUUGUGGCAUGUUUAUGUUGUGGUUGUUUGCGCC